AUGAAAGAGGAUAGUAUAGUACGUUCUAAAAUUGUGGUAGUUGGUGACUGUAAUUGUGGAAAAACUUCUCUAAUACAACGAUAUGUAAAAGACAGUUUCAACGAGGUUUAUACACCAACUGGUUUUGAUACAUUUUCCACCACAUACAACGUAUCAGAAACGUACAAAAUACAGAUUACUAUUUGGGAUACAUCAGGAGAUGCCGGUUAUGACAGAGUUCGACCAUUAUCCUAUUCAGAGGCAGAUUUAGUCAUGGUGUGUUUCUCUGUCACAGAUAUGGAAUCACUUGAAAACGUUGUUUCUAAGUGGUUACCAGAAGUUCGUGAAUAUUGUCCUAAACAGCCAAUCAUGUUAGUUGGUUGUAAAACUGAUCUCAGAAACGAGUUGAAAUCCAAACCAGUUAGUUCCACAAGCUCCAGUCCACAAUUAGUCUCGUACGAUCAGGGUCUCAAAACAGCCAAGCACAUUGGUGCACUCGUCUACUCAGAAACAUCAGCCAAAACAUCAGCAAAAAGUGUGAGUGACGUAUUAGAGGUAGCAGCAUUAUCAUCUGCUGGCACAAAAAGCAAUGACUCUCCACAAUUUCGAAAACAAAGAUCUUUUAUCCGGCGUAAACGCUUUAGUGGUGUUUCAGACGCUAAAACGCAACUUCGAAAGGAAGCCGUAAAAAGCUGCAGUAUUAUGUGAUCUCUGUGAACCAUAUUUUAAUACUCAGCGUUCUGUGCAUAGAACGUCAUGACAUUUUGUGUAUAACAUGAAUACUUUUGUACCAAACGUCAUUAAUGUAAUGAACGUAAUAUCAAACCCAGUUACCCUGUCAAAACUAUCAAUGAAUAAUAUCAAAUUCACUUUUGGAUAGUCCUAGUCACAUAAUAAUGAAGCUGACGCUUUAUGUGUUGAAUAAGUGCUGUCAGGUGAAUAUGUGUGGUGGCAGAAGUAUUGUUAAUAAAACAGAAAUUGAAUUAAAUUAUUAAUGUGAUAUUUAACUGAAUUUGUUACAUAGACUAACUGUAGACAUGUUACUUGUUUUUGUUUGGAUGUUGCUCUGUUAUGACACCCGGCCAUGUUUUAAAGAUUCACUUUUCGCUCGGGGGCAGAAUGUAGGAGUCUGUCUUAUUGGUUCUCUUCUUUGUUUCCUUUCCAAAGUCUUAUUCUCCGAGACAUCCAGAUUUUUUUUGGCAAUUUUUUAAUUUGACAAAAAACUAAAUGUGCGAUCAAAAUCGAACUAUGCCAAUCAUUACAAUGACUGGAAAACUUAUCGCCAGGAGUUUCGAGAAUAAGACGCUUAGGCUAAACUUUCUUGCCAAGCGUCUAUCCUUGCUUACCCGGAACAGAAUUAUAAUAAAGCAACAUCAGAUAAUUAUAUUGUAUGUAGAUUUUUGUUAAUGAAUCUGAGAGUGCUUUGUACAGUUCAUAUUGAAAGUGUACUAUGCUGACGCCCUGUUCGAAUGGUCUGAUACUUUCUAGAAGAGACAGUAGUGUGAAUGGUGGACGAUGACGCUUUGCAUAGCAAGUACAAUGUUCUAUAAUUUGCGUGCAAUAUCAAUUUAUGACAAUAAAAUGUUGAAC